CAUCUUUCCUUCACAUGACGUCAACAACUGCUUGUCUUUGUGAAGUGUUUAUAACCUCUUCUACUUGGAAAAAUUGAGUGAUUAUCAAAAUCUGAAAAUUAAGGGAGUGCCGUAUUUUAGUGAUUGUUAAGAAACUUUAUUGUAACACUUUAUAUAAAACCUUGUCAUUAAACCAUGUAUAUGAACCAGCCCUAUAGUGGAUACCCAGGUGGUCAACCUCCUGCAAUCAGCCCUGAGGUACAGGGCUGGUUUCAAGCCGUGGAUAAAGAUCGUUCCGGACAAAUAAGUUGGGAAGAACUUCAAGCAGCAUUAAUUAAUGGACAAGGUGAACAUUUUUCACCAACAUCUUGUAAAUUGAUGAUUUCGAUGUUUGAUACAGACAGAACCGGUACUAUAGGCAUUAACGAGUUCCAAUUAUUGUAUAAUUACAUCAAUCAGUGGUUGGGUGUAUUCAAAAACUAUGACAGAGACCAGUCGGGGAGCAUAGAGGAACCCGAACUGGCGCAGGCCUUUCAGCAAAUGGGAUUUCGAUUUUCUGAAGACUUUGUCAAGUUUUUGAUAGUGAAAAGUGAUUUGAAGAAUCACCAAAAAAUGUCAGUUGAUCAGUUUAUAGUGGCUUGCAUUCAGAUACAGCGGUUUACAGAGGCAUUUAGGGAGAAAGAUAAGGAACUGAAAGGUGAAAUUACGGUAACGUUCGAAGAAUUUCUUGGCAUUGCUCUAAAUUGUUCUACCUGAGUGUUUUUAUUUCGAGUUGUAAGAGUCCUAAUGUUUCAUUUCAUAUGUGAUGAUUAGAAUAUUCUUUCAAGGUGAUCAAUAGUUGAUGUUGCUAAUAGCAAGUAAUUACAAGUGCAGAUAUGUUCUGUGCUUCAGCAAGAUAUGAUUUGAUCUUAAUUUUUUAAAUGCUGAUUCUUUUGUUGAAAAUAAUCAAAUGAAAGCAUACUUGAAUCUAACAGCAAACUAUUGAAAUUAUAGCUACUUAAAAAGAAUACCCUGAUUUCAAAAUAUUUUUAUAUUCAGUUGUAAAAAAAUAUACCUAUGCUAUAAGUAAAAUUUCAUUAUUUUGAAGUAACUUAAAAAUUAUUAAAGGAAUAACAAUGUAUAUAAACAUUUGUAAAUUGUGUUUCAAAAAACAAUAUAAUGAAUUUCAAAUAA